AUGGAUCCCAACGAGAAUAGCCAGGCGCCGGACGCGCCUGACUCCAAGAAGAUGAAUGAUUCGCCGUUGAGAUCGCCGUCUAUCUUGUUAGCUGUCGCCGCCAUUCUUCUUCACCGUCCUGGCAUGUUGGCGGCGGUAGCCGCGACGACGACGACGACGGCGACACUGAGCAUGAAGCUACUGAAGAGGGCCUACAAGAGUGACAUCUAUGACGCCAAUGACGGAAUUUGCAAACAGCGAUCAGAUCGUUGCUGCCAGAAAACCUGUUACCUUGUCUACGGUACUGACGAUAUCCGACUUCGACGACUGGCCAAGCUUGGGUCAUCGAACAGAUCCCCGAAGCCGGAAGACAGUCCACAAAACCCAGAGAACGAUGCCGAGACCUCGACCGCAGCCACGACAAGUGAAGGGAAGGGCAAAUCUCCAGCAGAGAUUACACCUUCCUCUACCCCAAAGCCUGCCGCAGCGAACCCCUUCACCCAACUCGGCGUUAGAUCCGCAUCCGGUGCGUCGCCAACAACCGAGAGCGGCGCCCAGAAACGAGGGUCCUCCAACGUCGAUGACCGCGCCCCAGCGCCUGCCCCUGCGAAGAAGGCCAAUACUGAGGAAUCGGUGGACGACUUCUCGGACAGAAUACUCAGUCACAUCUUCCGUGUCACUGUUGAUCCGGACCGCAUUACCGAUGUCCACGGCCACAAGCUCAACUUUUUGCCCGAGGCAAGCCAAGAGCUGAAGGAGAAUGGGUCACCGCUGAAGCUUACCACCGCUGUCCUUGACAGUGCCUUAUUAGAAGCCGUCACUGCUGUCCCUGCCGAAAAGCCUAUUCUUGGUUACCUCCUUCCUUGCUUUAAGCGUAUCAUUCGGUCGAAUAUAGUCAAGGAGACGCCCGAGAAGCGGGAGGUUCUGGAGGAAGCAAAAAGACUGUGUGUUAGCAACUGCUUAUUUGCCCUCACGAUACCUGAUCUCUUUGGACGGUCACAGCCCGAGAGCCUGGCAUCGUACCUGCUCCGCGGACAUGAGCAGGAUGACGGAGUUUGCUUGGACUUCCUCCGAGAAGCUGUGAAAAGGUUCCCCGAGGAUGAUCAGUUCCCCACAGUCUUCGCCGAUGCCAUGUAUUCCAUCAGCACAAAGCUGGCUGGUUUGACUAUGGAGAGCGACUACAAGCCGUAUAUAAACGCAUUGAUGUCAUACACCAAGUUCCCAGCUUUGCUGAAUGCUCUCUCACAGCACCCCAACUUCAUGACGGCGCAGAAGUCUGGCGCGGCGGUUGAAAAAGAUACCAUUUUGGGACCCUUCUUCCGGAUAUCGCCGCUGCAGUCCGAAGUCACGCUAACCUAUUUCCCCAACCCGCGAGGUUUGGAUCGAAGUCGGGCCGCGCCCUCCCAAGACGCUCUGCGAGCUAUUCUGCGAGUUCACCAGGACGAACUCUUUACGAUUGCCAAUGCUUUCAUCCGAGCAGACACUGAUACCCGGACACGGGUCCUCGACUGGUUUGCUUCAGCAAUUAACACCAACCACAAGCGUAGGGCUCUUCAGGUUGAUCCCAAAGAGGUGUCCUCAGAUGGCUUCAUGAUGAACUUGACCGUCAUCCUGGAUCGUUUCUGCUCGCCUUUUAUGGACACCACAUUCUCAAAGGUCGACAGAAUCGAAGUGGAAUACUUUCGACGCAACCCCCGCGUCGACAUCAAGGAGGAAACGAAGCUCAACGCUGACCAGUCGGCAUCCGAUGCAUUCUACUCCAAGAAGGUCGAAGGCAAUUCUAACUUCAUCACUGAAGUCUUCUUCUUGACUCUGGCUGCGCAUCACUACGGCAGUGAGGCAACGAACUCGAAGCUCAAGAGCUUGGAGCGUGAUAUUAAAUGGUACGAGAAACAUCUGGCAGCUAUGGAGGCCGAACGGCCAAAGGUUCAGAAUCAACCGGCACAACUUGCCAUGUUCGAGGUGACACUCAAAAGACACACUACUGUCCUGGAGAAGGCCAUCGCGAUGAAAUUUGCCAUCGAGGGCGUGUUUCUGGAUGAGAAGAUGCAAGAGCUGUCGCUUCGUUUCAUGCGAUACGUGGCUGUUUGGCUGCUUCGCCUGGCUAGCCAAACAAACUAUACGCCUGACAAGGACCUUCAACUUCCUCUGCCUGCUGAGGCGCCUGAAGCAUUUGCGUGUCUUCCAGAGUAUGCACUUCAGGACGUGGUGGACAACUUCAAGUUCGUGUAUCGUCGAGAGGACUUUUAUGUCAAUAGCACCCUCGAGACUACUCUCACUGCAGGACUACUCUUAUCUAGAGACAACUCUCACCUCAAGUUCGCUAUCAAAUUAGAGGCAUCGCUAACCUGCCGAAGCUAUCUCCCUCAGAUUAUGCCAUCUGCUGUUGGCAGCGAAAUGAUUGCGCUGUGCAUUGCGUUCUUGCGUUCAUCCGAAUACAUCAAGAAUCCUUACCUCAAAUCCUCGCUCGUUACAUUGCUGUUCUCUGGAACAUGGCCGUUCAUGCAUUUCAAGAAGGGAGUCCUCGGCGACCAGCUCUAUGGAUCAAAAUUCGCAAAUGAUAACCUCUUGCACGCACUCAUGAAGUUCUAUAUUGAGGCGGAAUCGACUGGUGCACACACUCAGUUCUACGACAAAUUCAACAUUCGUUAUGAGAUAUUCCAAGUGAUCAAGUGCGUCUGGGGCAACGAUAUUUACAAGCAGCAGUUGACAAGAGAGAGCAAGGUCAACCGACAAUUUUUUGUUCAAUUCGUCAACCUGCUGCUCAACGAUGCCACCUACGUGCUUGACGAGGCCUUGACAAAGUUUCCCAAGAUCCACACGUUGCAGCAAGAACUGGAGUUCGGCAACAGUCUUUCGGCGCAGGACAGAGAGAAAAAGCAGGAAGAGCUGCAAGCCCUGGAGGGCCAGGCCGGCUCAUACAUGCAGCUUGCCAACGAGACGCUGGCGAUGAUGAAACUCUUCACAUCCGCGCUAGCGUCAGCCUUCACCAUGCCCGAAAUCGUGCAGCGUCUGGCGAGUAUGCUCAACUACAACCUGGAGACGCUGGCGGGCCCUAAGAUGGGCCAGCUCAAGGUGAACAACCCGUCAAAGUACCACUUCCAACCUCGAGUCUUGCUGUCGGACUUUGUCGACAUCUACCUCAACUUGGGCUCGUCCCAGGCGUUUAUUGACGCGGUUGCUUCAGACGGCCGUUCGUACAAGCCGGAGGUGUUCGACAAAGCUAGUUUCAUUCUGUCGAAGCGGAGCAUGAAGGAUGCCAGCGAGCUUGAGCAGUUUGACAGCCUGAAGGCCAAGUUCCAGGAGUCGAAACAGAUCGCAGAUCAGGCAGAACUAGACCUCGGCGACAUCCCCGCCGAGUUUGAGGACCCGAUCAUGGGCGAUCUGAUGAAGGACCCCGUCAUCCUGCCGUCGAAGCACAUUGUCGACCGCGGCACUAUCGUACAGCACUUGCUUUCGGACCCCAAGGAUCCGUUCACGCGCCAGCCGAUGACGGUGGACGAUGCGAUCCCGCACACGGAGCUCAAGGAGAAGAUUCAAAAGUGGAAGGACGAGAAGAUUGCGGCCGCCAAGGCCAGGGCAAAGGGCGACGCAAUGGAUGUAACCGAGGGUUGA